CGGCUUGGAUUCGAGGACACCAAAACCCAGUGAAAAUACAAGUUUAGUGCAUGGGUCUGGAUUCUCACAGAAGAGCUGCAAAAUGGAGCAGCAACAGCAGACCAGACAUCUUGAGAUCCUCAUGACUAGUUUGAUGAGCAGGAUUGAAAGAAGACUGAUUUCAUUGGAGAACAGAGUGAUAUCCCUGGAGAGCAGCAGCAGCUUCUCCCCCUGGCAUCGCAGCAGCUCCAGGAGAACUCUCAGUUAUGAAGACAUGAUGCUACCAGAAGACUCUCCUGACUAUGAGCUUAUUCCAAAACCUCGAGUGAGGUCCUUUCCAGCUCGGAAAAAGAAGAUUUCUUUGUUUAAUGCCGUUUGUGUUCAGUGCUGUGAGAGGUUUAGAGCUCAGGAGAACUCACCGUGCAGUUGUAUCUACCAUUAUGGAGAGCUGAAGUUUGUGCGGGAGAACAAGUAUGUGUUGACCUGCUGUGAGGUUCCAGUCAAGAGCAGAGGUCUUGUGUGGAGAGUGCCAGGCUGCAGGCAGGGAUGGCAUACUCCCAAGCAGCACACUAACUACACCUAUGUCGGCUACUACCUAUACAUGAACACACUGUUACUGGAUGCUCAGGAGAUUUGGUUGUCAGUGGAUAUUCUGGACCCAGUCAGCCAGGCCUGUGAAUGGGGGCAGGUCGGGCUCUCAGCCCAGGGAGUGGUGUAUGUGAUUGUGGGCUAUUCAAGAGAGCAGCCUCUCGUCUACAAAGAAUUCUCUUUUUGUCAACUACAAGAAUGUAAGUCUCAGAACAGUGACAUAAUCAGGAAAUGUAGUGACAAUGGAUGGGCUCUAAGUGUCAGUCUACAGUCAGCCAAAACAGUGGCCAAAUCCAUCACUGUGUCUCUCAAAGCAGCUGGUUACAAGAGCGCUCUAGUCAAGAGACUGCAACUGGUUCUCUCUGGAGAGAAGUUCAAACCUGGCUCUAUAGAGACGCUAUCUGACCCCACUCCCCCAGUAGCUAAGGUUGAUUAUCCAGUGUCAGAGGACAUGAUGAGAGGGCCUGUACUUGAGCCAGGAGUAGACCAUUCUCUGGGCAGGAGGAACAACUACACCACACACAAGAAUGACCCGGAGUUUCCUAUCUCUCUCACUCAAAUGGAGUGUGUAACAGUCAACUCCAGUCUGCUCAGAAUGGCCAAUGGGAAGUGGAACAACCUGUUCACUACAACAUUCAUGGUCAGCAAUAGCAGUCCAACAGACAUCCUUGUCAGAGACAUGUACACUGAGUACAAGAGCAAAGGUGGUCAAUGGAACAGAUGUGAUAGUAAUUGGAUAGCAGUGAACGGAAGUCGAGAGUUUAUUGAAAAAUGUUGCUUUCCUGUUGUGCAAAGAUCAGAUCUCGUACUUUCAUUGCGAGCAGCCAUUGCAGUUGCAGGGGAUCUGGCUGUGAAUGGCGAGGACAGACAGAGAGCUCACUUCUCUCUACCCCAACCACUACACUUGAGGGUGGUGUGUGUGUGUGAUAGUGGGUCUGCCUCUAUAAGAGUGGAGCAAGGGAACCCCCCUCUACAGUUGGUAACCAGGGAACAGCGCGAGAUUGAUUGGAGUGAAGAGUUGGUCUUGUACAUGACAGCAGAUGAUGUUCAUUCUUUAAGGAGGACUGAAGCUGCUCUCUUCUAUAAUGAUGAAGGUGUGUUGAUGUUCCGAGCAUGUCCCUACGGUAUUGAGACUGAAGAGAUCUUGUUAAGUCCUGCUGCUCUAAUGUCUGCUGCCUAUUAUGCUAAGAGGUACCAUAGAGGAGAACAAGAGCUGUUGAGGAGAGAGAAUUAUGGCAGUUCUGUUAGAGUGUAUGCAAUGGUUGAUCUAGAGUUAGGAGUCCCAUACUCUCUCAAGGUGGCUCUCAACACGGUGUCCUCUCACUCCAUUAGCUACUACAGAUUGCCUCGUGAUGCCUACACCUCCUCACGCCUCUCUGUCCACCCACACACUCUACCAGUAAAUGGAACCACUACUAUCACUUGGUCACUUUCUAGAGCAUCAAAGAAUGACAGAAUCUGUGUGUUCACAAAGUUUGGUAGUUACCGUCUCUCGGAGGUGAUUAAUGAACAAGGCAUGACCGAUGGAACACAACAACUCAGAGUCCCUGGAGAUGCUGGAUUAUAUGAGCUGCGUUAUUAUCCUGCUUGGCUAGCUCCUCGUAAUAGCUCCUGUCAACACCACUCCUUCAUCAUCAAGACAUCUCUAACAGUAACUGAAUAACUAUAGUAUACUCCACAAACAUGUCAUUUUAUUAUAUAAACAGAAUUGAAAAUGAAUGAUAUUAAAUAA